AUGUCUUUAGGAAUUGAUUUCGAGCGAUAUUAAUUUGAUCGUCGAUUAAAAGACUUAUAAGAUAAAAUUUUGAGUUUAAAUUAUAGGGCUCCUUAAGAAUAAGUACCUCAGAUGGUACCAGUAAACGAACCUUAAUAUUUAAACAAUCAAUAUUACCCAAAACCAAUAUAUUACUCUCCUUAACUUUUGUAUGAAUUUUCAAAAAAAUCAAAUGCUUAUAUACCUUACUUUUAAUAUUAAAUUGAUAAUAAAUCCUUAAAAAAGGAAAAAGAAGAAAAAAAAAGAGUAAAAGAGCUAGAAAGAAAAUAUGAACUUUAGAAAGUCGAAGAAAAAUUGGCUUAAAAAUAAGAAUUAUUGAUGGCAAAUUUAAAGAAAGACAUAUUAGAUUAUAUAGAUCCUUAUAUAUAUGGUAAUUAUAGAAGCUAUCAAAAUUAUGUUCCAUAAUAGCAAUAUUAAUAAACUACCCAAAAUCUUUAGACUCAAAGCCAAGUUCCACUUUAUUUAUAAUAUACUAAUCCUAAUAAUUUAUUUCAAGAUGGUAAUUUGAGCAAUUCUCAAUCAUAUAGAACAAGUUUUACAUAAGCUGGCUAUAACUCAUUGAAUUGA